AUGCACUGUCACGGUUCGACUCCCGCUUGGGGUGUUGAUAAGACCGAUGCGAGGUCGAAACUGCAUAUUACAUUUUAUUUCUUACCCCACUUUGCAUAG